CCGCGCCGCCUCCCCUGCCCUCCCUCUAGCUCCGCCCCGGGGUUGCCAGAGUAACGGAGGCGUUGGAGGAGCGCGGCGCCGGGACCAGGACGGGGGCAAGAUGAUGCUGUCGCGGGCCAAGCCGGCCGUGGGGGCCGCCGCGCCGCUGGGCGACAAGCGGAAAAAGAAGGGCAAGAAGGUGCCGCAGCGGGACGAGCUGUUGGCCCAGCGGGACUUCACCGGCGCCAUCGCCCUGCUCGAGUUUAAGCGUCAAGCUGGGGAGCAGGAGGAGGAGGAGGCCGACCUGUGGGUUGGAUACUGCGCCUUCCACCUCGGAGACUACAAGAGAGUGCUGGAGGAGUAUGAGGCUCUUACCAAGAAGCCAGGUUGCAACCCUGAUGUCUGGGUGAACCUAGCCUGCACUUAUUUCUUCCUGGGGAUGUAUACACAGGCUGAACAGUCAGCCCUGAAAGCACCUAAAAGUCCACUUCAGAACCGUCUCCUCUUUCACCUGGCACAUAAGUUCAGUGAUGAAAAAAAACUGAUGAGCUUCCACCAGAAUCUGCAGGAUAUUACAGAAGAUCAGCUCAGCUUGGCAUCUAUCCAUUACAUGCGGUCCCACUACCAAGAAGCUAUUGAUAUUUACAAACGCAUACUUCUUGAUAAUAGGGAGUACCUGGCUCUGAAUGUUUAUGUGGCUUUAUGCUAUUACAAGUUGGAUUACUAUGAUGUGUCUCAAGACGUAUUGGCUGUUUACCUUCAGCAAGUUCCUGACAGCACCAUUGCUCUUAACCUCAAGGCUUGUAACCACUUCCGACUUUACAACGGCAAGGCUGCUGAGGCAGAACUCAAGAGCCUAAUGGACAAUGCCUCCUCAUCUUUUGAGUUUGCGAAGGAGCUCAUUAAGCAUAAUUUGGUGGUGUUUCGAGGAGGAGAAGGGGCUCUGCAGGUUCUUCCUCCCCUGGUUGAUGUUAUUCCUGAAGCCAGACUGAAUCUAGUGAUUUACUAUCUCCGUCAGGAUGAUGUUCAAGAGGCUUAUAACCUGAUUAAGGACCUGGAACCUGCAACUCCACAGGAAUAUAUUCUCAAGGGGGUAGUGAAUGCAGCCCUGGGACAAGAAGUGGGCUCAAGGGAUCAUCUGAAAAUUGCUCAGCAGUUCUUCCAGCUUGUGGGAGGAUCAGCCAGUGAAUGUGAUACUAUUCCAGGGAGACAGUGCAUGGCUUCCUGCUUCUUUCUGCUUAGGCAGUUUGAUGAUGUCCUGAUUUACCUCAACUCAGUCAAGAGUUACUUCUACAAUGAUGACACUUUUAACUUUAACUACGCCCAAGCCAAAGCUGCCACUGGCAAUUUCAGUGAGGGUGAGGAGGUGUUCCUGUUGAUCCAGAGUGAGAAGAUAAAGAAUGAUUAUGUUUACCUUAGCUGGCUAGCUCGCUGCUAUAUCAUGAACAAGAAACCUCGACUAGCAUGGGAACUCUACCUGAAGAUGGAAAAUUCAGGAGCAUCCUUCAGCCUCUUGCAGCUUAUUGCAAAUGAUUGCUACAAAAUGGGCCAGUUUUAUUAUUCAGCCCAGGCCUUUGAUGUUCUGGAGAGACAGGACCCUAACCCUGAAUACUGGGAAGGCAAGAGAGGUGCCUGUGUGGGCAUCUUCCAGAUGAUCUUAGCUGGCCGAGAACCCAAAUUAAUUAAUUUGGAAACAGAUUGGAAUGGAUGCUGUGAGCCUUGGUUUCAAGCUGCAGAAAAAUCAAUAUGGUGACUGUGACAGAUAUUAAAUGCAACUAUUUCAUUCACUGAAGUAUAAUCAGACAGAAAGAUGAAGAGCCUCCAGAUCCAUUGCAAAUCGCUUUAGGUGUUAAAAGUAACUCUUUUGCAAAAAGUCUUACAUCUCUAAAGGCACAUAGACAAUGUCAUAGGCUAAUUUUAAAUAUUAUGUUUUGGU